AUACCAGGUCGUAUCUCAGCUCUCCACUGGCAGACUGUCUGUAGACUUAUUGAGAAAACCAACCAACCUGGCCUGCCCUGUUUAUCCUGUUUUGCCACAGUCAGGAAAGGAGUCCAUCCUGGCACCUCACCAGAGAGGGGAUCAAAACCCAGCCAUUUCUGAAACUACACCUGGCAUUCCUUCCAAGUAAUCAGCUUCAGGACAUGAGAAGUUCAGAACCUUUCACUCAGAUACAACGAGCAUGAUGUUGCCUUUCCUGCUGUCUCUACUGCUUGUUCUGGGUCCUGCAGUCCCACAGGAAACCCAAGAUGGGCCUUAUUCUCUGACCUUCCAUUCCAUUGGAAUGUCUGGGCCCAAGGCAGGCUACCCCAGUUUUCAGGCCACUGGCUACCUCAAUGACCAGGCCUUCUUCCACUAUGAUCAUGAAAGUGGAAAGGCUGAGCCCCUGGGCCCAUGGAAACAAAUAGAAGGAAUGGAGGACUGGGAGGAAGUAAGUAAACGUCAGAAGGCCAGGGGGGACUUCUUUCUGAAGAACCUGGAAGAAAUCAUGGACUAUUACAAGGACACAGGAAGUCACAUCAUGCAAGAAGAGAUUAGUUGUGAAAUCCGAAAUAACAGCUACUGCAGGGCAUUCUGGAAGACUGCCUACGAUGGCCAGGACUAUAUUGAGUUUAACACAGAAAUCCCAGCUUGGAUACCCCUGCAUCCAGUAGCUCUGAAAACCAAGUUAAAGUGGGAGACAGAAGGCUCUGUGCAAGCAGCCAAGGCCUACCUGGAGCAGGAGUGCCCCCAGAUGCUGCGGAAUUACCUGCAAUACAGCAAGACAUUCCUGGACCGUCAAGAUGCUCCCUCUGUGUCAUUCACCAGCCAGGAGGGCCCAGGAAACAUCAAGACUCUCAAGUGCAUAGCCUACAACUUCUACCCAAGACCAGUCAGUAUGUACUGGACUCAGGCAGAUGACCCACUGGAGACUGAUGAAUGGGGAGACAUUGUUCUUAAUGAAGAUGGCACUUACCACUCCUGGGUGACAGUGAAAGUCCCCUCUUCAGACACAGGCCCCUACUUCUGCCAUGUGCAACACAGCAGCCUGGCCCAGACCCUCACUGUCCAAUGGAAUGAGUGAGGGGCAGGAAUCAGGGGCUGAAAGUGCCUCCUAGUCUACAGACCAGUAACCACCUGUCUGUCCUUUGGGACAGGAGAGAGGUGAGCUGGAAAAUGACUGUCAUCACCAUCAACAGGGCCCAGAGAAGCAGUGAAGGGGACACACAGGUGGUGGAUUUGGAUACAUGAGGUUUGCAUGCUGGGCACUGUGCUGACUCACUGCUACAUUCCCCCUCAGAACCCAUUAUCUGAUCUCUGAAAUUGUAUCAGCACCUUUCUACACUAAUCAACUAGCCUAUAUGCAAAUAAAAAUCAGGUUGUUCAACUGUUAAAUGCUAUAGAAACUUCAGCAGAGGUUAUCAUUCGUCCUGCCCCCAAGCAUUUGAAUCAUCUGGAAUUGUUGGUAUCCACUGGAAGCAGUAUGUCCUGGCCAUCUUGACCAGGGGUCCCCACUCUAGUGUGUCCUGGCCACCAGAUACCAUGAGCACUGUUUAGGUGCUCACGGCUGAGGUCCCCUCUGCUUGGAAGGUCACACAACUCUGCAACCUCUUUAAUACAACCUGAAGCCUACUCUCUACCUCAGAUUCCCCUGCAUUUGCUUGCCACCCUGUGAGACUCCCUUCCACUCCAGCUAUCCCACCAAUCCCACACCACCGUGACCUCAGGGCCACACUCCCCCAUUGCUUACCUGGGAGGUUUCCUUCCUCCAGGAUACACUCCCAAAGGAGUAAGAAUCACUCUGAUAUUCUUGGACUUCUUCCAAACAAUUUUGAGUGAGUGAGUGAGUGUGUGUGUGUGUGUGUGUGUGUGUGUGUGUGUUUAACUGAGUCACCUACCAACAUGCACAGAUCUAAGCCAAAUGAAAACUAAACUAACAAAACAAAAACCAAAAUAAGAAAACCAAAGCAGAACUCAUAGAUGUGACUCUUUUUGUCUGCCUUGGUGCCACAAAUUACCUUAACAAUUCUUCAGUCUCUCGGGAUUAGAUAUCUUCCCUCUCCUUAGAGGAUUCUUCUGGGGAUUGUUCACCAGCUAGACUGCAGGGAUGCAGUACUCUGAAUCAAGCAGGGAACACUAAUGGAUAUAAGACCUGAAAAUAUUUUUUGCCAAUGCUUUUGUCAUUUUGAUGAACACUGCUUUUUUUAUUUUAAUGUUGUUCAAGUACAGUUUUCUGUUUUUUACUCCCAUCCCAGUCUACCCCCCCAGCCCUCCCACCUCCCUCCAAUAUCCACCCCCCCCUUAUUUUUGUCCAUGUGUCCUUUAUAUUUGAAGGGUUCCUGCAAACCCUUCCCCAUUUCCUCUUAAAUUAUCUUUCUCUCCCCUUGGUCACUGUCAGCAUGUUCUCUAUUGUAGUGUUUUUUAUUAUAUUUUGCUUGUUUGUUUGUUUUGUUGUUUAGGUUCCUGUUAAAGGUGAGAUCAUAUGGUAUUUGUCUUUCACCACCUGGCUUAUUUCACUCAGCAUAAUGCUUUCCAGUUCCAUACAUGCUUUCACAAAGGAUAGGAGCUCCUUCUUUCUUUCUGCUGCAUAGAAUUCCAUUGUAUAAAUGUACCAUAGUCUUUUGAUCCAUUCAUUUACUGAUGGGGACCUAGGUUGCUUCCAACACUUGUCUAUUGUAAAUUGUGCUGCUAUGAACAUUGGGGUGCAUAGGUUCUUUUGGACUGGUGUUUCAAGGCUCUUAGGAUAUAAUCCUAGCACUGGAAUUGCUGGGUCAAAAGGCAGAUCCAUUUUUUUGUUUUCUUAGAAAAUUACAUACUGUCAUCCAUACUGGUUGUGCCAGUAUGCAAUCCCACCAACAGUGAACUAGGGUCCCCUUUUCCCCACAACCUCUCCAACACUUGUUGUUUGUUUCUUUGUUUAUGAUGGCCAUUCUGACUGGUGUAAAGUGGUAUCUCAUUGUGGUUUUAAUUUGCAUCUCUCUGACAGUUAGUGAUAUUGAGCAUCUUUUUAUGUGUCUCUGGAUCCACACGAUUCUUCAAUUCCAUCUACCGCGGCCCCAGGGACCUUGCUGGCCAGAGUAACCCUCACCUCACUAUCCUCCAAGCAGAAGUAUAGGUUUCCUUUCACACUGGGAACCAUCCCUGCCCUGUCAAUGACAGCUGGGCCGUUUUCAGCCUCUACCUCCUGCGUCACUUGCAGAGCUUCUCACUUUUGUUUUUCAUUCUUCAUGGAAUGGGAAAGAAAAUGAAGAAACUGAACAAUUUAUUUACUGUUCUUUCAGCUCUUUACUGUCUUCGAGAUGGAUUUAACUACUGUUCUUACCUCCUGUGUAAACUUGCUUUUUAAAAAUUUCAUCCAGACUACCUAUCUAUGUCUGCCUGCACCAAAGCCCAAAUUUCCUUUUUGGUUCCUAUGUGUAUGACAUAUAUCCUAUUGUGUUUUUACAGUGCUCGAUGUCUUCCAAAUUUUUCAUGUUUUAAAAAGAUUUUAUUUAUUUAUUUUCAGAGAGUGGGGAAGAGAAGGAGAGAAACAAUGAUGUGCAAGAGAUAUAUUGACCCAUUGUCUCUCCCACACCCCCAGCUGGGAACCUGGCCCACAACCCAGGCAUGUGCCCUGACUGGGAAUUGAACCAGCAACCUUUCAGUUCACAGGCCAGCACUCAAUCGACUGAGCUACACCAGCCAGGGCUCAUCAUUUUCUUUUAACAAAGUAAAUCUUCUCGAGCUGUGCUUUUCUGAGAUUCCAUUGCCAACUGACAUUCUCUAAGGAAUUUGUGAUAUUUUAAAAGGACCAUAUUUCUUUUCUCUUGACCAUCCUUGAAUGGGGACAGAUAUUGCAAGAGACUGCUAGUCACCAAAGUGUGCCUCUUCCCACUACCUGUCCUGGAAGGUGACCCUAACGGGGUGUGACGACAAGGCUAUAGGUGAACAGAGAUGCCUCCUCAUAGAUGCUUCCUCAGUAGAAAAUCGUGGAUUUCUUACACAAGCUCAAGAGUUAGAUCAAUUUUUCAGUUCUUGCUCAGCUACCAUAGGACAAUUUUGAGUGCAAUUUCAGGAAGCCCCACCCCAGCAGGGCCCCCUUGCCAAAUUCUCUCCUUCUUAACAAUUCCUCAGUCUCUUUAGGAAAGCAUGUGGCUCUGUAUCAGGGGCCCCACUGCAAACAGCUCACUAGCCCCCAAAGGUACAUGGAGAAGCCUGUGUUUCCAUAUAGCUAGCUUCUCUUUAAUCUGUGUUUUAUGUAAUGCAUGGAAAAUCAUCAUUUUCAUAUUUAUUUUACUUUAUUUUUUCCAUUACCAUUUCUCCCCCUAUACUCUCUUUCACCUGUCCCCACCCCCUCCUGCCUGCAGUCAUCACACUGUGGUCUGUGUCCAUGAGUUCUUUCUCCUUUUUUCCUUUUUU